AUGCUCUUGUCCACUUUGCUUGACCCAGUUCCCAUUUUUCCUAUCCGCCUUCAAAACACUACAGGUUCUAUUUAUGUUGCAAAUGUGACCAGACAUACAACCGGUAGAUCAUUAUUGAGUAACUUUCAAGAAUGUGUUGGACCACUCAUGAUUCAGUCAU